UUGUAUAUUCCCUCUGACAAGCAGCUAUGGGAUUAGCAAAAUAGUCCAGAGAUGUGUAGCUAGCUAUCUCCUUGGUCACCUCUGAAAACAUUCUUAAUUAACCCUGCCCUUUCCACCACUGAUAUGGUGUUAAUGUUCCAUACGAGCGCUGCUUUUUUAUUACACUGUCUUAAGGAAGAAUGUCAAUAUAUGUGGCUUUAAGUAGAGCUGGAAAACGAACUUGCCCCUGAGCUAACUGGCUAGCCCGUUAGCAGGCUCGGCUCGACGACAUAAUAGGCUACUGUGCUUCUGGGAACACGGUGUGCUCGUCGUGUCAGUUCAACCCAGCGCUAAUCGAGGAUAGUAUCUAUGGUCUACUUUAUCUUUAACGAUUGCCUUUGUUGUGUUAUCAUCUGCCCUGACCGCGGGAUGGAGUGGCACUAGCUUAAGCUUAAUUUGCGAGCAGGCGAGCAAUUUAGCCAGUCCCUGGUGUCUUCGCAGCGUUAGCAGAGCACUGCUCUCAUUGUGCCGGCUAAAAAUACACUUCUUGUCCCAUGCUCAGUGCGCCUCCAAAAGUGGUGGGCUAGUCCACAUUGGACUUCUCUUCGGCUUUUCUGGUCACCUUGCUCCAAAUUUGGCCAUCUACAUGGUCACUACAGUGAAUGUAAGACGACUGGAAGAACGAGUCGGACCCCGAGGUUGUGAGCCCUGCUGGCCUGAUCUAACGUUAACGUUACAUCGUACUGGCUGGUGGGCUUCAGGUCACAAGUGAACGGAAAUUCGGCUUUGGCUGAUCGGUGGCCGAAUAUCAUUUUGCCCCAAUGGCCUUGUAUUGUAAUUAUUGGUAAUAUAACGAGCCUUGGUCCAGCCCAGGGUUAAAGGACCGAAACUUUGUGAAGGUCAGAGAAAAACGCUUUGUGUCUACUGUCUGAGAUUAGGGAGGCAGACUUCAUCUGUCCAGAGCACAGCACCAUGUCGGAGGAUAACAACGCAGACAAGUUCAUCAAGGAGACAUCCAUUCUAGACGAGUACAACAUAAACUGGACACAGAAGUUGGGAGCCGGCAUCAGUGGACCUGUCAGAGUUUGUAUGAAGAAGUCAUCUCAGGAACGCCUGGCCCUAAAGAUCCUCAUUGAUCGCCCCAAGGCCAGGAAUGAGGUGCGUCUCCAUAUGAUGUGUGCCAACCAUCCAAACAUAGUGCAAAUCCUGGAAGUUUACGCCAAUAGUGUUCAGUUCCCGCAUGAGUCCAGCCCGAGAGCGAGACUCCUGAUUGUUAUGGAGAUGAUGGAGGGUGGCGAACUGUUCCACAGAAUCAGUCAGCACAGGCACUUUACUGAAAAGAUGGCCAGCCAGGUCACUAAACAGAUCAGUCAAGCCUUGGAACAUUGUCACUCCCUAAAUAUUGCACAUCGCGACCUGAAGCCAGAGAACCUGCUUUUUAAGGAUAACUCUCUGGAUGCACCUGUGAAGUUGUGUGACUUUGGCUUUGCCAAAAUUGAUCAAGGAGACUUAAUGACCCCUCAGUUCACUCCCUACUAUGUAGCACCUCAGGUACUUGAGGCUCAAAGACGACACCAGAAAGAAAAGUCUGGAAUUAUACCUACCUCACCCACUCCUUAUACCUAUAACAAGAGCUGUGACUUGUGGUCUCUCGGGGUGAUCAUCUACGUGAUGCUGUGUGGCUAUCCUCCGUUCUACUCCAAGCACCACAGUCGCACCAUCCCGAAGGACAUGAGGAAGAAAAUUAUGACUGGCAGCUUUGACUUUCCUGAAGAUGAGUGGAGCCAGAUUUCGGAGAUGGCCAAGGACAUUGUACGCAAGCUGCUGAAGGUGAAGCCAGAGGAGAGGCUGACUAUUGAGGGAGUCUUGUCUCACCCUUGGCUCAACUGCACUGAGGCACUCGACAACGUGCUGCCCUCCGCCCAGAUGAUGAUGGACAAGGCGGUAGUUGCAGGUAUCCAGCAGGCCCAUGCAGAGCAGCUGGCCAACAUGAGAAUUCAGGAUCAUAACGUCGGCCUGAAGCCUCUAAACUCUGUCAACAACCCAAUCCUCAGGAAGCGGAAACUGCUAGGCCCCAAGCCCAGUGACGGUUUCUUCAUUCAUGACCCAGAGAAUGGAGGGGAAGACUCCAACGUAGCUCUGGAAAAAUUACGAGACGUCAUUGCACAGUGUAUACUACCACAAGCUGGAGAGAACGAGGAUGACAAGCUGAAUGAGGUGAUGUAUGAAGCCUGGAGGUUCAACAGAGACUGUAAACUGCUGAGAGACGGCCUGCAGGGGCUUAGCUGGGACGGAAGAUCCUUCUCCGAUAAAGUCGACCGCUUGAAGUUGGCUGAAAUAGUGAAACAGGCCAUCGAAGAGAAGACAAAUCUCCAAGAAUCGAAUUAGCAAACGCUGUCUUUCUAUCUUCUUUUUAUAUUGUUUAUUAUGACCCUUUUUUAACCCAUAUCUGUAAAGAGGCUUUUUUUAUGUAAAAUGAUGCGCUAAUUGUUUUUUUUUUUUUUUUUUUUUUUUUCAUGAAUUCACUUGCAAGACCUAUUGUACAGCUGUAGAUAUAUUUCAAAGAGGACUCAUUGGUACUAUACUUUUUUUUUUUUUUUAAAUGGACACUUGCAACGAACAUUGAAAAAAACUAUAUUUUCAUUUUUGCAAAAAAGAGAAAAGAAAAGAGAAAAUCAGUUAAAGUAAUUAUUUUCUGGGAGGGGAUUUUGUCCAAGGCGUCACGUGUUUUAUCCCAGUUAUUUCAUUUUAUUCUGUUUUCUUUUAACCAUCCUAAGACUUUUAUUUAUUUAAACAAAGAGUUCCAUUAUUUUAUACUUUACUUGUAGCCUGCCAGUGGACUCUAGUUGAGAGAAGCUGUCUACGAUGUGAUUUUGUUCUUUUACACAAACUCUUGAUUCUCAGACUGCAUUUACAUUAUAUGAAUCGUUGUUUUUUUUUUGUAACUUUCCCUUGACCUUUUUGUUGUGUAGAGUUCAAGGCAGAGUGGAAAUUGAUGUAAAAAGAAAGUGUCAUGAAAUAGACAAAUGCAGCCCCAAAUUCAUCUCGUCACAACCCCUUUUUUGAAGCUGAUUUUGAAGCCGACUGAACAGUCAUGAACACUAUGGCUAAUUUAGAUCAAUGUGUUUUGACAAAAAAAAUCUUAAGGUCCACUUACUAGCUUUUUUUCUUGGAGCUUUUAACUGUCUUUCAGUCUUCUUUAGAAGAUGCCGUGUUCCCAGAUAGGGUUGAAAGCUCCAGUUGAGUUAAAACUUUGUCAAUCUGUUUCUCAACUAGAUCCAUGAAGGUUUCACACACUCUUGAGUUCAACUCAUACAUAUGAAGUGCUGAUACUGCUUGUCAGCUCCUGAAGUUUGUGUCUGGCAACUAAAAUGAAGUUAAUUAUUUUAUAUAAAGGCAUUUUUUAUACAUCUUCCCAUAUCUGAUUCUGACAGGUCUUAAGUUCAGUCUUCGGUUAAAGUUGUUGAUCUGUGGAACUGGCGCAACAUGAGCUGCUUUGAUGUAAAGUUGUAUCUACUGGAAUUCAGACCAGAGUCAGUUAAUAUUUAAGUCCUUUUAAAGCAAAAGUGGUUGCUACUUAAACCAACACUGGGCAUUUUUGGUGCAAUGUAGUCGAUGUCUUUAUGCCAGAAAAGAUCAAAAGAAGGGUUUCAGCCUCCACUAGCAGCAUCAAACUUGCAGUGCUACUGAAUGUGCAAUAGGGCAAUCAUUUAAUUAUGUAUUCAUAGUGUAUGCAUGUACAUGGUAGUGAAAAAAAGAUAUCAAGUAUCAAUUGUCAUUACAAUGGUCUGAAUACCAGCAAAUGCUCCCUCCCUUCGCUCAUCCUCAUCCUUUAUUUUGUUAUUUAUACUUGAUUAGCCGAAAACAGGGCUUAGAUGGCUGAAAGUGCAAGUUCUCUUGUUGAGUGCCUGAUUAUAUCUGUAAUAAUGUAAUUUGUUUGUUCAUGAAGUUCAUGAAAUUCCCCUUUGAUGAGGUCUUGGCUUUAAGCAGAACAUAUUUUCAUGUCCCGAUUAAUGCAUUAACCAUGUGUUUUUUACCUUAAUGAAAAGAUAUAUAAUAUUCUGAGUAAUUAGCAAACAUUGGUGCAAUAUAUUGUUGCUGUCCAGUGACAAACUUGUAUCUCCAAUUUUGAGAUAAACUAAAGGAUCAGGUGUUCCUUUGUUGGUUGAGAAAACUUUCUUACGCUUAAUAAACCAUUUAAAAACGUAUUGCAUUAUCAGUAAAAUGCCUUGUCACACAGAUAAAAACAUGGCUGUUUUUCUUAGCUCACAAAUGAAUUGACAUUUUGGAGACCGGACAGUGAUAUGUAUGCUGAAUUUUUCACACCAUUUGUAACUGUCAUGAAGGAAAGAGUCUGUAUUAUUUAAGUUUGGCUUUAAAACAAAAAUGUGAGCAAAAGCAAUCAUUACUGACAUGAUUCUGAGAGAUCAUUUUGACUGUCUUGAUGGUUUGUCAGACAGUCUACCUUAAAAGCUUAACGAUAACCACAGCUUGUGUUUGAAAAGGCCUUAAUAUUACAUGGCUAUUUUUACACUCAAAUGUAAAAUGUGGGCAGUAUCUUCAUCCUUUACUGCUCAGUAUAAAUUACAGGAUAAAGGGGAAACUCUAAAUCAUUUAAUUAGUGAUUGAUACUUAUCCUUUUGGCUGUGAUUUGCUUGUUUUCAUUCCACAAAUCGGUGUAUUGGUUUGGCAAAAUUUUGUUGAUGUUAAUUUAUUAUAGUUAUAAUUUUUGGGGGAAAUGAUGUCCUCUAAAAAGGAAGAGUUUCAGUGCUGGUGUCUUAUAUUUAACGGGAAAAUAUGAGAGUGGCAUCAAUCUUCCCAUCUACGCUGCGAAGCUAAUCGUAUUCCCCAAAAUGUCGAACUUUUGCUUUAAUAUGCAGCAGUCAAGUUAGAUUUUUUUGGUUUAAUGUUGGAUCAUACAUCAAACGAAAAGUAUUGCAGAAUCCGCAGAGCCUCUCACUAGAAGUUAAACCUAUUGCUGCCGUUUUGUUUUACUUUGACCUUUUUGUGUGUGUGUGUGUGUGUGUGUGUGUGUGUGUGUGUGUGUGUGUGUGUGUGUGUGUGUGUGUGUGUGUGUGUGUGUGUGUGUGUGUGUGUGUGUGUGUGUGUGUGUGUGUGUGUGUGUGUGUGUGUGUGUGUGUGUGUGUGUGUGUGUGUGCUUCCUUUAAGUCUCCUCCCCCACCCACUAUAACAGAAUGUAUAUCAUCUGCUACCUGAGUGAGCAUUAUCGUUGAAGGCUAGUGUAUUUAUUAGCAUCUACUGUAAAGUCAAGGAAUGUAUUUGGAUAUUGAUACUUCUAACAAUGAAAACCCUAAGGGAAAAAUACAGUCAUACUCAGACACCUGCUGCUGUUCAGUGCUCAAUCUGAAUAAGUGUUACUACAAAUCCCAGAGGGGCAGUGUGUUUUAAGAUGCUACCUCCCUCCCUCCCUCCCCAGCAUUGCUGCUGCAGGAGGUCCUCAGAACGACAUUCAGGCUAACGCAGCUUUAGACAUAUUUCACAAAUAUUUAAUAGCUUCCACUAGUCACUUCCACUCUCUCAUCUGCUCAGUAAAGUGAGACAAGAUUUCUCAUUUUAUACAAGGAAACAUUUCUUGUUCCCUACAUAGAUGCUGACUGAGGAUAAAUAGCAAAACUGUCCUUUUUUUUUUUUAAAUACCAGCUCAUUAAAAAUGUCCUGAAAGGGUUUAGUCAGCACUUACUACUCUUGAUAAAUACCAGUUGCUUCCGUUUCCUCUGCUGUAUGUGUACUUGUAAAUUAUGGAGAGGUGGGUUUUAUAUAUUUUGAGCCAUUCCUGUUUGUGUUAAAUCAGGAAGAAAUGUCAAGGAAAGGAAUCAUUUCAAAGUUUGGAGCCUUUUUUCUGCUUUUAAUAGUCUCUUUUUUUCUCUGGCCUGACAGUUAUGUAGCAUGUAACUGAAUCUCUCAUGAAAGACUUGCUGUAUUUUUGUCUACACAUCUUUUUCUUUGCCGAUUCUGUCUUCUUUGGAACAUCGUCAACAGGCUGACUUUGAAAUAAAGGAAUUCUUUGACUUUUGAA